UGCCAUUGACAAGCAGUUCACUCUUGACCGUGGAAUCGCUCGCUUGGCAGAGCUCCCGCCAAACAGUACGCGCUCCAGUUUCAGUUUGUGAAAGUGUUUGAAGCGAAUAGUGCCAGAAGGAUACACAACACCGUCGGAGUCGCUGGUAGUGCUAGGUGGGUGAAAAUUUCCAAGUCCAAGAAUACAAAAGUGAAAAGCAGUGGAUUUCGUUGCUGGUAAUUCCAAACAGCGAAUCGUAAAACGCAACCGGGUCUAUUCGUUAAGGCAUCCAACGCCAGUUACUUCCGGCAGCCAGAAUCGUUUGGCGUGAUUUGGAAGAAGCUACUUUACGCUGUACAGAAGAGCCUCAUUUUCAACAUGAAAUCCCCUGCCCUGUGGAUGGCCAUCGGUGCGAUUCUACUCCUAGGCGGAAGUGUGAACGCAUGGGGUGGACUGUUCAACCGAUUCUCGCCGGAGAUGCUAGCAAACAUGGGCUACGGCAGCCAUGGAGGAUCCUUUCGACCACAAACGUUUCUGCAGAACGAGAUCCUUGACGAGGAACAACAAAGUCCACGGUACGAGCCGGACCCCUGCUAUCCCCGAAUGUGCUCCGCUAACGAAUUUUGCUGUCCAGGCUAUAUCUGCGUAAUCAUGGAUAAUGAUUCACCUAUCUCUGUAAGGGGCACGUGCAUGCCGCUCUAUGGACGAAAGUAUGGCGAGCUGUGUCGACACGAUUCGGACUGCGAGUCUGGGCUGGUCUGUGACAUAUCCGCCCUGAGCGGUGCCAGCGUCUGCCGACCGCCGACCAUCGUGGCGAAGCAGUACGGCGAAGAUUGCAUCACUUCCAGUGACUGUGAAAUUACACGAGGAUUGUGCUGUCAGGUGCAGAGAAGACAUCGACAAGUGCCUCGCAAGGUAUGCUCGUACUUCAAAGAUCCAUUGCUGUGCGUUGGAACGGUUGCUGCCGAUCAGGUGAAACACCAGAUUGAGCAUACUGCGGGCGAAAAGCGCAUCAUCUACAAUAAGCACUAAACAACCGACACUAAGCGCCCAACUAUGCAACCUCCAAAAUUAAUCCAAUCGAUUCCGAUCGAAUGGCAGCAGAAGCAUUUUAGCGUGUCAUUCUCCAGGAACAGCAAGAAUCCUUCCCUCUCGAACUACGCAGCAGGAGAAGCGUACUUAUUGAAUCCUUGUAUGAAAACUCUUUUGUGUUUCUCCCCUCCGCACAAAAUCAACUCGUAGCGAUCAGUAAACGGCAAUCAGAAAAAUCCAAACCUCCCUCCCCCCCCCCUCCCCUCUGAAAAGCAGAACAUAGUCGUAGUAGUAGCAGCAGCAAAUCAAUCAAAUAUCCGGUUACGUUAUGUACGUAGCAGAGGUAAAGCUUUGUUAAAUAGAGCCGUCAAAGUCAGCAAAACGAAACAUAUCCAGCAGCAAACCAGUUAGUGCAUUUCUUAAGGGUCAAACUAUCGGAACGAAUACAUAUCAAACACAUACUUUUAAGCAUAGCAGAAGGAGAGCUACUGGCAGCGAGAGAUCGAAUGUACUCAGCUCUAGUCCAAACUUGGUCCAUUGAUUUGCUGUACCAGAUAAUUGAAAGCCUCACGAUUCCUCGACCGUGUAUCAAGGGUUAUGUUUAGUUCAGUGUCAAAGACAUUACAACCUACACACUUAUAAUUUAAAGCGCUAACACGUUCUCAACAAUUUUACAUGCUGGACUUUAUCACCUUUCUAGACGUUCCACUGUGAUUGACGCCAAGUGUACAGUCCACAAAAACAUCUUAUUACCGUCUUGCGAGACAAGUUAAAAUCACUUUUUCUCUUCUCGAUAUACUACUGCUAACCGUGUUUGAAGCAUGCAUGUACUUGAAGCUAUUGUGAAGCGUUUAUCAUUCGUCCUCGGUAACUCAAUUUUUGGCUUGCAUGAUAGCGAAACGGAAAGUUGGAUAAAGGAUAGAGAGAGAGAGAGAUGGAAAGAAACGGCUUGGAAGCUUGCUUAACUGUUUUCGUCCAUUACAAAUACAGCAUACAAUUUACUACCAACAGGUAACCAAAAAAAACACACUCACACACACACAUUACAUUGAUUGAAAACUAUACAAUAAAAUACCCUUGCUGAUAUAAUCGGUUCUUAUGCAAUGAAUACAUAUCGUUAUACAAUAUAUAAAUAUAUAUAUAUAUACAAAAUCCCCACAUACAUAUAUAUAUAUAUACACACAUAAUGCUGCAAAGAUUGAUCAAAGAGAAUCAAUGAAGCAGUUAAAUCCCCAAGAAGAAGAAGAGAAAAGAAAAGUCACAAAAAGGUUGCAAACAAUCCACAUCUAGGUGUAAGAAGAAUGCAAGAGCGAAAGGAAGCAGAAAAAGAAGAACAUCCUAGCAAGUUAUCGUAAGUUAUGAACAAAUAAUAAUUACAACAACAA